AUGAUUCCUGACAAUAUUCAAAUUGGAAUGGAGACUAUGUCGAAUGUGGAGGAAUUGAACAUCUCAGACGAAGAGCAACGUAAGGGUAAUGUUACUUAUGGAAUCGACGAUAUUCCUCCAUGGUAUUUGUGUAUAUUUAUGGCGUUACAGCACUACCUGACAAUGAUAGGAGCAAUAGUAGCAAUUCCAUUCAUCCUCUGUCCAGCGCUAUGUAUGGCGGACACUGACCCAGACAGAUCCAAUAUCAUAUCCACCAUGAUAUUUGUGACAGGUCUUAUUACGUGGUUACAAGCAACGUUUGGAUGUCGUCUGCCGAUCGUCCAAGGAGGUACUAUAUCUUUCCUUGUUCCAACACUGGCGAUCCUUGGUCUGCCGACUUGGAAGUGUCCAGAGCAAAGUGUUCUGGCUGGCAUGACACCGGACCAGAGAAGGGAAGUGUGGACAAGCAGAAUGUGCGAGCUGUCUGGUGCGAUUGCAGUCUCGGCUUUGUUUCAACUUAUUGGAGGUUACUUUGGAAUAAUCGGUUCCCUUUUGCGGUUCGUGACCCCUCUUACGAUCGUCCCAACCGUAGCUCUGGUGGGGUUGACUCUCUUCGAUCACGCUGCGGAAGCCGCGUCCGAACAGUGGGGCAUUGCUGCGGGAACAUUCAUAUUACUGACAAUAUUUUCACAAUGCAUGGGUGAAGUGAAAAUUCCAACAGUGACGUGGAGGAAGAGUGCUGGCUUGACCGUAAUUUGGUUUCCACUUUUCAAACUCUUUCCGGUUUUACUAACCAUCGUAAUAAUGUGGGCUGUAUGUGGGAUCCUCACAGCAACGAAUGUCUUCGAAGCAGGACACCCUGCACGAACUGACCUAAAGAUCAACAUCAUUGAAGACGCACCCUGGUUCCGUGUGCCUUACCCAGGUCAAUGGGGAGCACCAACUGUAAGCGUGGCAGGGGUUCUGGGCAUGCUGGCUGGAGUGCUGGCGUGUACAGUGGAAUCCAUCAGCUACUAUCCUACUACAGCUAGAAUGUGCGCUGCACCUCCCCCGCCCUUGCAUGCUAUCAACCGUGGCUUGGGUACAGAAGGCUUAGGAACCGUCCUUGCUGGCUUAUGGGGUUCUGGUAACGGAACGAACACAUUCGGAGAAAACGUGGGUGCUAUUGGCGUAACAAAGGUUGGAUCUCGUCGCGUAGUGCAAUGGGCAGCUGGUCUGAUGAUCCUUCAGGGUGUGAUCGGGAAAUUGGGUGCCGUCUUCAUCAUCAUACCCCAGCCGAUAGUGGGAGGUCUCUUCUGCGUUAUGUUUGGAAUGAUCUCUGCUUUCGGAUUAUCAGCUCUUCAGUACGUGAACCUAAAUAGUUCCCGGAACCUAUACAUCAUCGGUUUCAGCCUAUUCUUCCCGCUGGUGCUGACCAGGUGGAUGUCAGCUCACAGUGGUGUUAUCAAUACGGGAGUAGAAGCAUUGGAUGCUGUUCUUCAAGUGUUGCUGUCCACAUCAAUAUUGGUCGGAGGAGUAGUUGGAUGUUUUUUGGAUAAUUUGAUCCCGGGUACUCGUGAAGAACGUGGUCUUGAUAAAUGGGCGAAAGAAAUGUCUCUAGAAGCGGCUGGUUCCAGUGGACCUGACACAUAUGAUUUCCCUGUUGGCAUGAGCUACAUUCGAAGAUGGAAUUGGACCACAUAUAUACCAUUUAUGCCGACGUACGAAAAUGGAAAAUUCUCGGCGCUUUUCAAACGUAAGAAGGAAAGCUAA